CGCUAUUGGCUGGAGGUCAGAGCCGGGGGUAGGAUUUGAUCCGCCCGGAAAUUCGGGAGGCCCAGCAGAGUGUGGAGAUCAUGUGGCCGAAGGCACCGUCCGUUCUCCAUGGGAGCGUGGGGGUGACCAAGGCCCUGGCGCUGGGCCGGGGUCUUCGUGCAUUUAGCGGCUCUGCUGAGGGGACACACAGACGGCGGCCCUGGGUCUCUCAACAGCAAGAGUCCCCCAGCCGGGGCAGCUGGGAAUCCCGGGGACACCCCAGGACCGUGCACCAGGAUGGACCCGGCCGGGGCCUGGGACAGGAGGAGAUCCGCCGAGCCCGUGAGGCCAAGACCAGGAAAGGGUUGGAAGACAAAGUCAGGCCCCCUCGCCAGAAGCUGAGCGAGCGGGCCCGGGAGCGGAGGGUGCCCGCAUCACGCCUCAGUCGGCUUGCCAACUUCGGGGGCCUGGCGGUGGGCCUGGGCCUCGGUGCGCUGGCAGAGGUGGCCAAGAAGGGUUUGUCCGGGCGGCAGCCGCCCGCGGAAGCCGGCUCUCUGCUGAGCGGCAGCGCCUUCCUGUCGGAGGCCAACGCAGAGCGGAUUGUGGAGACGCUGUGCACGGUGCGGGGUGCCGCCCUCAAGAUCGGCCAGAUGCUGAGCAUCCAGGACAACAGCUUCAUCAGUCCCCAGCUGCAGCGCAUCUUUGAGAGGGUGCGGCAGAGCGCGGACUUCAUGCCACCUUGGCAGAUGGCACGAGUCCUGGAGGAGGAGCUGGGCCCUGACUGGAGGGCGAAGGUGGCAGAGUUUGAGGAGGUGCCCUUUGCCGCCGCCUCCAUCGGACAGGUUCACCAGGGGGUCCUCCGGGACGGGACCGAGGUGGCACUCAAGAUCCAGUAUCCAGGUGUGGCUCAGAGCAUCCAGAGCGACGUGGACAAUCUGCUGGCCAUUUUGAAGAUGAGCAUGGCCCUGCCCGAGGGCCUCUUUGCGGACCAGAGCCUCCGGGUGCUGCAGCGGGAACUGGCCUGGGAGUGUGAUUACCUGCGAGAGGCCGCCUGCGCCCGCAAUUUCAGGCAGCUCCUGGCGGGCGACCCCUUCUUCCAUGUGCCCGAGGUGAUCGAAGAGCUGAGCACGGGCCGGGUGCUGGCGAUGGAGCUGGUCGGCGGGGUCCCCCUGGACCAGUGCCAGGGGCUGGACCAGGACGUCCGCAACGAGAUCUGCUCCCACCUGCUGCGGCUCUGUCUCCGUGAACUCUUCGAGUUCCGCUUCAUGCAGACCGAUCCCAACUGGGCCAACUUCCUCUACGACGCCAAGAGGCAUCAGGUAGCCCUGCUGGACUUUGGGGCAAGCCGGACGUUUGGCACAGAAUUCACCGACCAUUAUAUUGAGGUAGUGAAAGCCGCCGUGGACGGGGACCGUGAACGAGUCCUGCAGAAAUCCCGAGACCUCAAAUUCCUGACGGGCUUUGAGACGAAGGCCUUCGCCGAAGCUCACGUGGAGGCGGUGAUGAUCCUGGGAGAGGCGUUUGCGGCCCCCGGGCCCUUCAACUUUGGGGAGCAGGAGACGACCCGACGAAUCCAGGCCUUGGUGCCCGUGAUGCUCCGGCACCGCCUGUGCCCGCCGCCCGAGGAGACCUACUCCCUGCAUCGCAAGCUGGCGGGCACCUUCCUGGCGUGCUCCCGCCUCCACGCUGCCAUCCCCUGCCGGGACCUGUUCCAGUCCGUCUACCAGAGCUACUGGGCCCAUCACCCUACCACCAGUCUCCCCUCCGACACCCCCCACCCUGCUUGAGACCCCUGUUCCUUCCAGCCUCCUGGCGAAGGGGGUCCAAGGUUGUCCCCCAGCCCACGUUGCCAUCCUGACUCAGUGGAAGAGAGGCCCCCCCCGCCAGUGAUCUGCGGAGGUGGGGAGGCCUGUGGGUGGAGUAGAAUAAAAGGGGGUGAAGGCCUCUGGUCACCCCACUCUCCAGUUUCUCCUGCGGCCGUGGGCUUCUAGUGAGAUGGUGCUUUCUUUUUUGUUUUUGUUUUUAAUGGUAUUUUUUAAGUGUUUACUC